AUGUCGACCGUCGUCGCCGACAUGGCGACCGGGUGGCACGUGCUCAGGAUCAGGUGCUACUCUGCAAUCAAGGCAGCCGGCAACAACAAGUACAUCAGGUCCGGCAACUUCAACAUCGGAGGGCAUAGCUGGUACAUCACAUACUACCCUUCUGGGUACGACGAUGACAGCGUCGGUUUCAUGUCAUUGUUCCUCUAUCUCGACGAAGCAGCCACUGACCAUGCCGUCGUCAAUGCCCGAUUAAAGUUCAGCUUGCUCGAUCAUCAGGGCAAGCCAGACUCUGCAUACAGCAAGGAUCAUGGCCAGAUAAUGAGCUUCAAAUCUGCACCUGCUCCCGUAGGCUGGGGUUACACUCGGUUUCUAAAAACGGAUGCUGUUUGGGAAGGAUCCAAGCACUUCAAACACGAUCGCUUCAUCAUCCGAUGCGACGUCACGGUUUUCUUGGCUAUCCGGACAGAAGCUGCUACUAGGCAGGCUGUUGCCGUGCCGCCCUCUGACUUGCACAAGGCCCUUGCUGAGCUCCUGUCAAAGGGAGAAGGAGCAGAUGUUACUUUCGAUGUAGACGGGGAACUUUUCCCUGCACACAGGAACGUUCUUGGCGCUCGGUCAUCUGUGUUCAAGGCAGAGCUGUUUGGUUCGAUGAAGGAGAAGAUGGCGGCUCCCGUGGUGAUCCGUGACAUGGAAUCAUAUGUGUUCAAAGCACUGCUCCACUUCAUAUACACGGACUCGCUGCCCGCCAUGGAGGCGGGAGAAGAAAUAGUGAUGGCUCAACAUCUACUUGUCGCAGCGGAUAGGUACGACCUGAAGAGGCUGAAGUCGAUUUGCGAGAACAAGCUUUGCGGUCGUGUUACCAAAAGAACUGCCAUGACUACGUUGGUACUGGCAGAGCAGCAUGGGUGCCGUGGGCUGAAGGAGGCUUGCUUUGCGUACCUGUUAUCCCUCGGUAGUCUGAAGGCAGUCAUGGACACUGAUGGGUAUGAUCAUCUGAGGAGCAGUUGCCCCUCCCUUCACGACGAACUUAUUGCCAAGCUGGAUGUCUCCAAAAGAACAAAAAAAGACUAG